AUGUCCAUUAUCGCACACUUUGUGAGUGCCGAUCUACUACUGUAUCUCACAACAUGUAUCAUGUUUUUUAUCUACUGGUGGAACAGCUCCAAAAAGUCUGCAGAAAAAAUGCCUCCUGGUCCUUCACCGCUUCCUGUGAUUGGAAAUCUCAACCUGAUAGAUCUGACAAAACCGUACCAGUCUCUGAUGAAGCUGUCGCAGAGGUAUGGAGACGUUUUUACGGUACACUUUGGGCCAAAGAAGAUUGUGGUGGUUGCCGGGUAUAAAGCUGUAAAGGAUGCUCUUGUUUCUCAAGCAGAUGAUUUUGGAGAAAGAGCAGAUAUUCCAAUAUUUACAAAAAUGACCAAAGGAAAUGGUAUUGUUUUCAGUCAUGGUGAAUCAUGGAAGCUCAUGAGAAGAUUUGCGUUGUCUACACUACGAGAUUUUGGAAUGGGGAAGAAGACAGUAGAGUGUAGAAUUCAAGAUGAGUUAGAUCCUCUCAUCAAGUAUUUCCAGUCCCAAAAAGGAAAACCAUUUGAUGUAAAGAUUAUACUGAACAGUGCUGUGUCCAAUGUCAUUUGUUCCAUUAUAUUUGGAAAAAGGUUUGAGUACGAGGAUGAAACCUUUCUGACACUGAUCAAAGUACUGAAUGAAAACGCUAAACUGCUUGGCACCCCAAAACUCCUGCUGGCAAAAAAAUACGGGAAUUUCUUCACAUUCCAUAUGGGUCAAACAAAAGUAGUGGUGCUGGUUGGAUAUGAUGCUGUUAAAGAGGCUUUAGUGAACUCAAACUAUGAGUUUGGAAAUAGAGGGGUGAUACCUAUCGCUGAUAUAUUCCAGCAUGGCCAAGGAGUAAUUUUUUCUAAUGGGGAGGUCUGGAAGGUGACACGAAGAUUUACCCUGUCUAUUCUACGAGAUCUUGGUAUGGGGAAACGAUCUGUUGAGGGUAGGAUUAUUGAAGAGCUGCAGUUUCUAAGCGAGUUCAUCCAGUCUUUCAAUGGUGAACCCUUCCAGAAAAACGUGUUUAAUAACGCCCCUCCGAACAUCAUCUAUAGAAUAUUAUUCGGAAGACGUUUUGAUUACAGUAAUACAACAUUCAAGAAGAUGGUGGAAUUGCUUGACGACAUUGUCAUUCUCACCGGUUCUACGCCUGCUGUGUUUUAUAAUGUUUUCCCAAUUCUGAAGCAUGUGCUGAAAUCGCCCAACCUUGUUUUAAAGAAAAUUGCUGAACUCAAUGUGAUUUUGAAGGAACAUUUCAAUGAAGCGAAAAGCUCAAUGAGUGAAAAUGAUUGGUCAACGUAUGUAGAAGCCUUCAUGCAGAAAGGUCUCAAUGAAAACAAAACAGAAGAAAAUAGGAACAUUUUUAAUGAGAAGAACCUUCUGGCCUCCAUGUUCGAUCUCAUGCUGGGAGGUACAGAGACUACAUCGACUACUUUACAGUGGGGGUUCCUUCUCAUGAUGAAAUACCCUCAUAUACAAAAAAAAAUUCAAGAUGAAAUAGACAAUGUGAUCGGAACUGAGCGCCUUCCACAGUGGGAUGACCAGAAGAAUCUGCAAUACUGUUUGGCAGCGGUACAUGAAGUUCAACGAUUUGGCAACAUUCUUCAAACCCUGGCCCAUUCCACAUUAACAGACACCCACUUCAGAGGUUAUUUCAUCCCAAAGGGAACACAAGUUAUCCCACUCUUCACAUCGGUUCUUUAUGAUGAAACUCAAUGGGAGACACCAUACGAGUUCAAUCCAAAUCAUUUUCUCGACUCCAAUGGAAAGUUUUUGAAGAAAGAUGCAUUCUUCGCUUUCUCCAAAGGACGGCGGGUCUGUGCUGGAGAGAGCUUGGCCAGAAUGGAACUCUUCAUAUUCUUUACCGGUUUGCUCCAGAAGUUCACGUUCCACCCUCCACCCGGAGUAGACAAGUCUGAUUUGGACCUUACUGCAGACACAUUUUUUACCAUGAGACCAAAGCAUUAUAAAAUUUGUGCCACACUGAGACAAUAGUUAAGACAAAAGAAAAGAAAAAUCCUUUGUCUUAUUGAUAUGCAACUAUCUGCACUUAUUUAACCCCUUAACCCCUUAAGGACACAUGACAUGUGUGACAUGUCAUGAUUCCCUUUUAUUCCAGAAGUUUGGUCCUUAAGGGGUUAAGGACACAUGACAUGUGUGACAUGUCCUGAUUCCCUUUUAUUCCAGAAGUUUGGUCCUUAAGGGGUUAAAGGUUCACUAAAGUCACCCUGGCCACUUUAUCUCAACGAAAUGGCCUGAGUGCAGUGGUCCUGUCAAUUUAACCCUUCAUGGUAAAACAUUGCAGCAUUGCAAAUACGUUAAUAUUUCCCACCUCUCUCCUCAUCCCCAACCCUGACUCAUUUCCCUUUGCCGGGAGCCGCUCGGCCGGUGCCCGGUGCACCUCCAGGAGGCGCCUUACGGGAUAACAACAUGAUCCAUUUAUGUAAAAAUACUCUCAGAUGACGGACCAUAACUAUGACGGCUCCCCUGAAUACGGCUCCAGGUUUAGGGGCUGAUAUGUUUUAUAUGAAUAUUGUUACUGGAUUCUUAUUAGCUAUUUCUCUGCGUAUGAAAACGUUUUAUAUACACAUGUUGCAUCAAUAAAGAUCUAUUUCAAACAAAAACGUCAAUGUUUAUCCCUGAAGGAUUAACUCACCAGUCAGUUUAACAGCCAUUGGAGGUGUUUCCACCGCACAGACUGAGUAAAACCUGGUCACGUGAUGCAGAAGCCCCCCACAGGAAAUAACGGAUUCAAUGCUUAGCUAUGGAAAAGCUUGAAUGUGCAUGCAUGCACAUUAGGUUUCCAAUGCUCCUCUAUAAGGAGCUUAGGAUUGGAUCAUGUCGUAGGAGGCCAUACCUUCACGAUGACAUUGUGGGAGGUGGAGAGGUGAGCAGCACUAAUGCAGCCUUGGCACUGGAACAAUGUAUGUAAAAAGCUGUAUUGUAUUAUUUUUCAUGUGACCCACUGGUUUGUAU